AUGCUAUCACGAAGUGCUUCGGAAACACCUGCUAUAAGAACUGGAUCAUUUACCCCAGGACCAAGUCAUAUGAAUACUUCAAUUACAUGGGUCAAAGAUUGGUACAGUCCGGAUAUAAAUAAUACAUCAUUUCAAAAUAACGGAGGUAGCUUUGAACCUCAUAGUAUAAAAUUGAAGGGAUGGCAUAAGACUAGCGUUGAUUCGAACAAUAAUCCGGCUGUGAAAUUUGAUUCUGCUGAUACUUUAGACUUAAAUAACUGGAAGUAUUAUGAAGAAGUGGUAAUUAUGAACCAUUUGGGCGAUGAUGGCGUCUCUGGAAAUGGUACAAGUGAAGGUGUCCCUGAGAAUGGCAUAAGUGAAGAUAAUGCUGUAUCGAAAGAUGAGUUGAGUUCAGCCUUAAGCAUCAAAAAUCAAGACGAAGAAAUUGUUUCAUUAUCAGGCAUUACAGACACCUAA